AUGCCCCGGUUCCGCGUGGGCAUUGGGCCUGGCCUCUCCUGGCUGCUGGAAAGGCCCCAGCACCCGGGCACUCUGGGUGCUGCCAGCUCUGGGUGUGGUCGGGCCCUUCCCCUGCAGCCCCCGCAGAUGGGAGAGGGGCUGGACCACACGGCCCUGCAGCCUCCCCAGUGCCCGCCGCCCAUGGGCUGCCACGUUCCUGAGGACCUGUGGUCUCCAUACUCACUGACACCAUGGCGCUGCGAGCAGCUGCUGGAGACGUUCAAGGAGACUGAAGGCUGCCUCUGCCCGGCGGUGCAGCCUGGCCGGGCUCCCUCCUCCCGCCUCUAUGCCUCCUCGUACCCUGACGCCAGGCCCUGGGCCCCAGCUUACCACGCUGUAAACACAGCAUCCUUCGAGUUAGGAAUCAAUGGCAGAUGUGAGCAGAUUAGGCCUCUGAGGGACAGGCAGGGGGGAGGGCUGGCGGCCAGCCAAGGCCAGAAGAAGCUGCAGCUGCUGCGGCAAGAUGCCAGGGCACCCACGGCAUGA